UUCAGUUGUAUCUCGGUCGGACUCCCCGGCAAUUCGUCGUUCAAUUCGAAAACUUAAAACGGUUUUUUUUUUUAUAAUAUCAAAUAUGUCUUGGUCGUAUGAUGACGGUGUGUAACAAACGUCUAUUCCUUAUAACGAAAACAAAAAAAAAUGCAAUUUCCGUUUGACCCAAGUAUUUACGAUAAUCGCCGGGCCCUUACGACUGCAGCUAUGAUACUUUUCGUCAACAGCGUCUACGGGGAAAAAGGAGUUAUACUCAUGUACACUUUUUUCGUGUACCUACGAGUAUUAUUUCAGAAGAAUGAUUUUUGAAUGUCGAGUAUGUGAUACGCAGAAAAAAAUACAUAGUUAGGCCAACUACUUAUUUUUUUAUUCCAACUAGAAAUGUAUUGUGUCUCUUUAUUAACCAUAAUAUUUUAGUUGGACCUACUAUACAAUAUUUUUCCUGUAGGCAAUGUAAUGUUUUUUAUUUUUCCGUGUUAAAACCUAACGAUUAAUUUUUGUUCGAUGCGGUAAAAACAUAAAAUCAAACACGAUUCCCAUUUUCGCCGGUCUCUUCGUUGAAAUGAACUCGGUUCAGUUAUAGAAUUAGUUUGGUUAAGACAUUACCGAUUGGGAAACGGUCAUCGAUGGCGGAUAAAAAUGAGAGUACAGCCGUCGCGUCGUUGCCGUUGUCGACGACGACUAGUUUCACUCUCGGACGCUUCUCUAUUAUAAUAAUAAUAAUACAUCGAAUUUGACCCGAAGAGAAGCGAUAGCGUUUUGACCACCGUCUGUGUUUGUUCCUUUCAAACGGGGUCCGAUGGGAACGAUGUCGGUCGGAGAUAAUAGUGAUAAACACACGCACACGAGUUGUGUUUUUUAACGGUUGCGGCCACGCGUUAAAUAAUUUUUAAUGGAUGUACUCCAAAGGGCAUGGACGACGACGGGACUUCCAGGGGAGUGAUAAGACCGUCCCCCGCUCAUAUCAGGACCAUUACAACGUCGGGUCACAUCACUACUGUUCUGAAUGUGCCGGACGGACAGACCCAAAACGAGAGCACGGCCACAGAUACAAUGGCACAGCUGAAAGUGCAACAACAACAACAACAACAACAACAGCAGCAGCAGCAGCAGCAACCGCAGAGAGAAUUCGGACACGACGGUACACACAGUUUGUCCAGGAACUGUACGCCAGACAACACGGAAUGCGUACCGUCGGAGGUGCUCAUGGAAGGAUUCGCCGAGAACAGCACCCCGGCUGUGCGUUCGCCCAUAGAUCCCGUGUCGCCGGACGAAUACCAAAAAGAGCACAGCCCACCGACCGAAGCCAUAAGACUCCGGAGGAACGUGGACGGCACCGAAGUGCAUCUUCAGAUACCCAUGGAGAAGUUAUCCACGUUCCAGGGGUAUGUGACCUCCGACUAUGCGAACAACCAGCGAUACCAACGCGUCAGGUAUCUGGAGUACCGAGGGCAGCAACCGGAAGACGGUGGUUUCGUCGACCAACCGUUACAACUGCUUAAGUACGAACAUCACCAACCAGGCAAAAUGGACUCAAAUUCGAGUUACGUGACCCUAGAGUCGGUAACGGACGCUUACCAGCAGCAACAGCAACAUCAGCAGCAGCAACAAAGCUACCAACCACAAAAUAGCUAUCAGACUUACCAGACGUACGAGGGCGAACCACAGCCGGACAUGUUCAACAUGUACGACAAAGGCGGGCACGGGGGAGAGGAGUACGGGUCCAAAAACCACCAAAAGUCUUACCAACAGACCAUAAUGCAGCAGCAACAGCAACAAUCGGAAUACCAAGACGACGGUAACGGGGGCGAGACUCAAUCGGAUUUUUGGUCGCAUGAAAGUCAAGUGACCGAUUUCGGAACUACCGACGACCAAAGUAUGUCCGCUGCCAACGCUUUGCAAAUGGACGGGUUGGGUCCCCCGUCCGACGGUGGAGUACAGGUGACGUCUCAGUAUGCCAUUUUCCAGACCGGCAAUCCCGGACCCUCUUGGAUCGACGAACACUACGACCAGAACGGCAUCUUGAAUGUAGACAUCAAGGAAUGCGUCAAUUGUGCAGCCAACGUUACGCCCUUGUGGAGGAGGGACGGCACGGGCCAUCACCUGUGCAACGCGUGCGGUCUGUACAAUAGGAUCAAUGGAGUGAAUCGACCCCCGGUUAGAUCGGCUCAGAAAAAAACCACACAGCACAGUGGAAACAAAAGAUCCGGUGUGUCAUGCGCCAAUUGUUCGACAAACACUACCACGCUCUGGAGAAGAAACAACAACGGUGAACCGGUGUGUAACGCCUGCGGACUGUACUUUAAAUUACAUAACGUUAAUAGGCCGUUGACGAUGAAAAAGGACGGGAUACAGACGCGAAAGAGGAAACCCAAAAACCCGUCGGUCGGUUUCACUCAAAAUUCGUCAUCCAAGGAGAAACCACAAAGUAACCACACUAGCGAACCCACGACAAAACUUUUGCUUCCGCAUUUGUUCACUGGUUCUUCGGACGGUAAACUUCAACACAGUCAACUUGGUUACGAAUCCACUGUAAUGACAACCCAAGAUCACUUUUUACCACAUGGUUCUCAACUUCACAUUGUACCUCUUCCGCCAACGUCGACAAAUAUUGGCCGACACAUUCCAAGUAACGGUCAAACCAUGGACCACAUGAGCUCCAGGGAUAAUAUCAUGUUGACCAGCGUUAUCACGUCGACAGGAAAUCAAACCAGAGAUGAUUAGAUAGUACUUAACAAUAACAAUUAUAUACUUAGGAUGAAUAUAUUGAUGCAAGUUCAUAUAUCUUUUUUACAUAACGUUAUGCGCGAUGAAAAUUGUAUAUUAUUGAUUAUUAUACAUAUUACAAAGAAAUAAACGGCAACGUCGACCAUUAUUUUAUACUUUAGAUAAGUUUUUUUUUUAAGAUAGAUGUUUAAUUUUAUAUUUAGAACUCGAUAAAAAUUUAACAAGUCCAAGUUAAUUGUUUAAUAUUUAUCGUUCAUUAAAUUAUUUUUUAAUUGUUUAUAUUUGUUUCACAUAAUAUAUAUUUAUAUAUUAAACAAUUUACAUACGUCUAAGCUCAAGCGUAUAAACUUUUUUCAUGGUAGAUUUAGAUUUUUAGGGCAGUAAAAUGUU